ACUAUAUUUUUCACUAUAUUUCUGCCUCACCACAAUCUAGUAGUGGGUAGGUAAAAGAAACGGAAAGGAUACCGCAUUAUUAAAGCUCAACAUCUUUCUGAUAGCGAACGUUAUGGACAAACCGGAGAACAAAAAAAAUAGCAAGAUAAGAAGGAAAUUUCGUAUGUUACUCAAUAUUGUCCCCCUAGUUCUUAUAUAUAGGCCCCCAGUCGAUUGGUAGUCCUCUGGCCAAAGAUAGAUAACCUUCGAAUCUGCAAGCCUAAAUAUACUGUUCUUUUCCUUUUUGAUCAUCCCCUCACCUAGUCCAUCUUCUUAGAAUUCUGCUGAUACCAACUCUCCUAUUCCGGCCCCCAUCCUCAUCUCUCUAUCUCUCUAUCUCUCUAUCUAUCUAUCUAUCUCUCAUAGAUCAGGCAAUGGACGUAGACUUCUGUAAUUCUUCCCCCCAAGACUCAAGUGGAUUGGAUGACAUGAUGAUCCAAAUGGAGGAAUUCGCUCAAUUCUCGGAGGUACCACCAUCCACCGAGUUCCCUGCUGUUCCCUCGCCUGAAUUCAACAACUCUCCAACCACCCCAACUUCUCCCAUAGUAGCUGGUCCCAACCUGCAGCCAUGCGUUUCGUUGGUACCACCACCCACCACCCACUCAUUGCACCCAUCUUCUCCUCCAACCCCACACUGAACACUGACCUUUGGCCAUCAUCGCUCGGUGACCCUCCCUCUGUCACCAGCCUGGCUCCGUGGCGGCGAUGCGGGAAAUGAUAUUCCGCAUGGCCGCAAUGCAGCCCAUCCACAUCGACCCGGAGUCGGUGAAGCCACCCAAGCGGCGGAAUGUUAAGAUCUCUAAGGAACAGAGCGUGGCGGCGCGGCUUCGGAGAGAGCGGAUCAGUGAAAGGAUUCGCAUACUGCAGCGGCUCGUCCCCGGUGGGACGAAGAUGGACACGGCUUCGAUGCUGGACGAGGCAAUCCACUAUGUCAAGUUCUUGAAGACCCAGGUGCAGUCACUGGAGCAGGCGGCUGCCAGCCGGAGCAUGGGCCGUUUCGUGGUCCUCUGCCUUCGGAAUGGUGCAUCAGCUGCCAGGUCAAGGGUUCCUGAACUCUGGUUAUAUGAAUCCCAACCAUAUGUUGAGUUGAAAUGCGGUAGAGAAAAUAGCAGAGGCCAGGUGGGUUGUGAAGUAACGAUGUUUUUAAGUGCUUCAAAUUGAUAGAAUCUCUGCCUUUUCCUUGUGUUUUGUUCUCGUUACAUGUAUAGAACUUGUGAUUAGGAUGGUUAUCUUGUUGUUUAUAUAAAGCUUAUCA